AUGGGCAAUGGGCAGGGAGAAGGCUCCAAUCCAAGACAGGGCUGGAUCUGAGAGAAGCUUGCGUCAGGAAAAAUCAAUCCCUAUCGUUUGAGCUCUGCCAAGGCAGCUGUCAUCGGGGGAACGGACCGAUCUGAGAUUGACUGAGAUGUGUGAGUGAAGCUGCAUACACCUUAGAUGCGGAAUCGGACAGUCAUCAUCUGAACAUUCCGUCAGUCACGUCAAGCGGCAGAGCUACUGUCAGACUGUGAGGGGACUUCAGUUACAUACGGUCAGAACUACAACCUCAAACACAUGAGGCGGGACUAACAAGAGAAAACCACCGUCACCCAUUCUCCAAGGUCGCUACCGUCACCAAGGUCGGGACAAUUACAGUUCAGUGUUUGUUUUUCCCCAACCGCCAAAAUUUCGUUCAACACGUUUAAAGAUAAUUUCUCCACGGGCAUGAACUUCCUGAAAAGGAGGUUCAGCUCGGGAGAUCUACAAGGAGAAUUACGGGAUGAAGACUUCAUCCCACCAGUGGCGCCUCGGAAAGGCCCGUCGCCAAGUGCCCCGAGCUAGCCUUCCAAAACUUCAUCAGCGCCAGGCAUUGGACGGGGAUUUUUCUCGGCAAAUAAACCCACAUACAACCGAGAUAGGUGCAAGACCCUACUGGUCAUCGAUGACUGUCAUACAGAUUGGUCAAAAUACUUUAGAGGUAAAAAGAUAUUUGGAGACUGGGAUAUACGUGUAGAGCAGGCUGAAUUUUCUGAAAUAAACCUAGCUGCCUACACUGACUCAGGAUGUAUGGUUGAUAUUCAAGUCAACAGGAAUGGGACUAAAGUUGUCAGAUCCUUCAAACCAGACUUCCUGCUGGUGAGACAACAUGUCCGAGACGCACACGAGGAUUGGAGGAAUCUGUUGCUGGGCUUCCAGUAUGGCGGAGUACCCAGUAUCAAUGCCCUUCACUCUCAGUAUCAGUUCCUGGACAAGCCAUGGGUGUUUGCACAUUUGAUAAUGAUACAGAAAAGGCUGGGAAAGGAGAUGUUUCCACUGAUCGAGCAAGCAUACUACCCCAACCACAAGGAAAUGGUGAGUAACCUCUGGCUCAUAACUCCAAAGUUCCCAGUGGUUGUGAAAAUAGGCCAUGCCCACUCAGGCCUAGGAAAGGUUAGACUAGGCAGCCAUUAUGAUUUUCAAGACAUAGCAGGGGUGGUAGCUGUUACCUCCUGUUAUUCCACAACAGAACCCUACAUUGACAGCAAAUACGACCUUCACAUUCAGAAGAUAGGCAAUAAGUACAAGGCAUUCAUGCGGAAGUCUAUAUCAGGGAACUGGAAGGCUAACACAGGAUCAGCCAUGUUAGAACAGAUCGCCAUGAACGAGAGAUUCAAGUUAUGGGCCGAUGAAUGUGCAGAGAUGUUUGGAGGUCUGGACAUGGUGGCAGUAGAAGCAAUACAAGGCAAGGAUGGGAAAGAGUACAUCAUUGAGGUGAAUGGGUCAUCCAUGACGCUGCUGGGAGAGACGCAGGAGGAGGACCGCAGACACAUAGCCGAGCUGGUCCUCGGCAAAAUGCAGAUCUACUGUCGACCCACACCAACAAUGAGCAAGACGUCCAGUACAGGAGGACUGAUGCAUUACGCCAUGAACGGCAGCCAGGGUCCCAACCCACAGAUGUCCCAGCAACAACAGCAGAUGCAACAGAAUCAGCAGAUGUCCCAGAUGCAAGGCAACAACCCACAGGGAAAUCCUGCCAAUGCUAGAGGACCAGGAAUGAUGCCAAUUGGAGGUCAAGGUCAGAUGGGCUCCUCCCCCAUGCCGGUGCCCCAGGUUGGACGAAACCAAAGCAUGGAUGAAGAAGACACUAUGAGGAACUUGAGGAAGACAUUUGCAGGAAUCUUUGGUGACAUGUAAGAAGAACAACAAGUCUUACACAGCAGUAUGUCGUUAGUCCACCUGGCAUACACGAAACAUGGCCCUAGACAUCAACUGUGUCACACUUACACUGCAACAGUCCUGCAACUGUGCUGCAACGGAGCUACAAUGGUCCUGCAAUAGUCCUUUGACAGAACUGCAACAGGAAUACAACAGUCCUGAACAGACCUGCAAUGGGACUACAACAGACCUGAACAGACCUGCAACAUGAAUACAACAGACCUUCACAAACCUGCAAACCUGGGACUACAACAGUCCUUUAACAGACCUGCAACAGUCCCGCUGAAGACCUGUAACAGAACUGCCACUGGACUAUAACAGAGCUAAAAUUGGUCUGUAACCGGGUUGUAACACUGGCUGCAACAGCCCUUUAGCAGUGCUGAUUCACAAGAGAUCAACCUGUGCUGAAGUGCACAGGAACAGCUCUGUUGGAGCACAGCCCCGGAACUGUCACAGUGCUACAAUACCGCUGCACCAGAACCUGCAGAUUCUCCAAUCUUCAGUAUAACAGUUGUGUUAGACUAGCAUGUAUUACUGAUGUAGUCAUUUAGUCAAGGGAUAUCUUCAAAGUUUUAUCUUUUCAAAUUUGUUUUCAUCUAGAACCCUUGUGAUCACUUUAUUACAAUGCAAACAAACUAUGGUCAGUUUUUUGCAUAUGUAGGUGAAUACAAGGAAUUGAGAUGAAAAUGAUUAUUUAAAAGCUGAACUUUCAUGAACCCCUGAGAUACAAACUGAUCAUGUAGUAUAGAAUCUCUACAGUUUUGAAGUUGUUGAAAGAUGUAAUCUUUACUUCGGGGCUGUCGCAGUCCUUGUAGAAUUGAUCAAUAUGUCAACAUUCCAUAUGGAUUAAUAUAGACAUUUUUACUGGGUUUCUCCCUAUCUUGCUGUUUCUAUACUGUAACCUGUUACUGCUUAUUUGUUACAAAAUUCAAAUUCUAAAUCGCAUCUUUGAAGGAAAUUUUCCUUUUGCAUGUAAAUAGUUCCAGGUGCGCUACAUCGUGUAAGUUCUUUCUAGCACGGAAUGUUGUGGCGAUGUCUUGCAAUGGUCAGGCAUGGUUUUAUUGUGAAAGCUUGUGAUAUUAUCGUGAUAAUGCCUCAAACGUGCUGCAAUAAUAUCAAAAUAUUGCUGCAUUACUGGCAGAAAUUUGUUGUGAUCGUGGUGAAAGAACUUAUAGAAUGUAGUGCAUGAAGCUGAUCAGACUAUGGCAGAUCAUCAUGUGAUACCAUCUAAACAGGAUUAGUCAUUUUGUUGAUUCCUCAAAGCUCAAGUUAGCUCAAAUAUAUUUACAAUACUUCACUUCAGACAACAUCUCUUCAAUGUGUAUGGAUGUCAUUUUGAUAAUUGUGGAUGUGUCUGUUAGAGGAAUACAUUCUUGAUCAAGGUGCUUCAAUUGACGUUUAUUUGAACUAGAAUUGUUAUGUCUUCACUGUGAAGUUUAGGUGACUAUGAAGGCUAUGGUGAAGUAGAUGAACAUAUCGUGUAGGCGUACACUAGCUCCGCAUGUGUGUAGAUGCAGCAAGUUUUACAUGUGACCCUGCCGUGAGCAUCAGUUCAAACUAAGAUCAACCUGGGACUCAGUUGGCAAUCUCAUGUUUAGCGUGAUGGAGGUACAUAAUUAUAUCUUCAGAUAUUGUUAUUUCAUCUUUGUAAAAUCUUUCUUUUCUUGAGGUUCAUAAAAUUAACAUGAUAUAUUAUUCACAUUGCAUAGAUUAUUAUUGCAUAGAUUCGUUUGAAACAACAUUGACAGGAGACAAUUAAACUAUUUUGAGAAAGUAUAAUUUAAAAAAAAGAAAUUAUCUUUUCCUUCCAAGGGUGAGGCACAUCAGUUAAAUAUUCUAAUCCCAUGUACCGGUUUGAGAUAGCUGUAAGUGUAGCUUGAUGUGAAAAGUCUUCUCUAUUACAGUAUAGUAUAGAAGUUGUUAACCAUUAAUAUAAUCCACUUUAUCCUCCAUCAACUUCUAAGAAUUGCCAAUGAAACAAGUCUUCUGGCAAACCUUAUAUAGUUGAAACAGUUACUUAGAUAAGGAGGUAGUAAAACUGAUCAUUUUAUGAACACCAAUAUACUGGUGUUUUUAUGUUUUAACUGCUGAUUGAAAUUUGGUUUAUGAUGAUUUUUAUUGGUCAGUUUUGUAAAGUAAAAUGUUGUAUUUUGUUAAAAGAACAUCAUUCAUCCAUAAACAAUAUAUAAUUAAGAUAUAGUUUCUUAAUUGGCAUGGUACAGUAAUAUACAGUGGUAUAAUUCAAUUUGCCCUAUAUCAACUGUACUAAAGAAUUGCUCAGAGAUCCCACCUUUAAACAUGUUGAGAGCAGUAGUACAGGGGAGGUAACUCUUGCACCGCCACUCUGAUGUAGGCUAACCAGUAAAGGACAGUGUGGAAGGAUUCAGAAUUACUAAAAGACAUAUAUGUAUGAAAUAUAUGUAUUUAUUUAUUUUAUAUUUAAUCAAAAACCAAUUUGUUUCCAUGUAUCUUGUAUUGAACCCAGCAGUGUAUAUAAACAGAUGCUAAUCUUUGCUCAUAGAACUUACAUAGAAGUUGACUAGGAAUAGAUAUAUGCAAACUAGAUACUUCAAUUGUCUGCAUUCACAUGUUGUAUAUUCUGAUUCAAGAUAUUUUGUAAAUAUUUGUGUGGUCAUGUGCAUUUUAUUUCAUAUGUCAUCUUUUCAUAAUCAAUUUCCAUGAUGAUUUCUUAUCUCCUAAUGUAGUUAUAGACAGCACUAGUUGUAACUGUAGACGCUGAGAUUAAAAACCAUUGGUGUUAUUAACACUACGUAAGUGUUGUCAUUUCAAUAAUACAUGUGUAAUUAAGUAGUCAUUAAUAUUCGUUUCUUAUUUUUUGUGGACUCUUGCAAUAAUUUUUUAAAAAUGUUUAGUGAAAGAAAACUUUGAAAACUCUCACUACUUAUGUAGGUCUCAUCGGAGGAACUGUUUACUUGAGAAUAUAUAUACUUAUUUGUCAUUUAGAAACAUUUUUAUACAUGCAAAGAAAUUUGUUCAAGCAAUGAUGUGAAAAUUUUGCUUUCACAUUUGAAGAGGUUUCUUCACCUUUUCUUUAAUUUUCUUAAUUUUUUAUCUUAAAAAUUUAAAUUAAUGCAUUAAUGCAGAAUGACGUGUUUCAGAGUACUCAUAUAAAUUUUUCAAAAUUGUUGGGAAUAUUUUGCCAUGAAAGAAAAAUAAAGUGCAGCAAUGUAUUACAUAAUCCCAAUAUUAAGCAACAUGUGUAAACAAUGUGACAGGAUAGUUCAUUGCAAGGUUCAUCUUCAUCCAACAUCUCUGUAAACUUCAUGGUCAGUAGCCACAGAAUCCUCCUCAACUCCCAGUAUCACUUCUUCAUCCAUAAUGCAUCAAACAUCACCGGAUCCUGAACAAAAUUUACGAAGGUAUUCCAACUUAAAUAAUGAAAUAAUAUCACAAACUACUUAAAUAUAUUUCUGUGUAUCAUUUCGUUACAGUUUAUUUGCAAAUAACCUGAAAAUCUGUUAAUGAAGACAUAACUGUUGCAUGUCACUAUCGAUGUCUUGUUAGAGGUUAGAUGACUGAAUGAGCUGAAUAGCCCUGUAACAUUUGAGCCUCUAGAUGUUUCAUUUUUAGCUGUCCAGUUGACAAGUUAUGCAAACAUGUGACCAAUUUUCAUUUCAACUUUGUGUAAAUAAGGAAAGAUGGUGUCAACGAUUGACGAAAAUGAUAAAUGUUUUACUCUGUUUUAGUGAUGUGUGUUAUUUUAGUACUAAAUAUGUUUGUAGAGUAUGUAUGAGUACUAAGUAGUGGUUGAUUGCUUAUAUUGUGUUAUAUACUUCCCACUUUAAAAGCGUUCAUUAGCUAUAGUUAUGUGAUGUCUCCCAGUCUUCUCAGAGAGUUUGCAAAGCAUUCCACUUGAGGUUAUCCAACAGUGCAAGGUGUUCCUGGAACGCUGUUGUGCUACAUAUUCACAGCAUUAGUUCUUGUUGUGUCCACAUAGAGUGUCAGAUUAAACCAACGUUAUCUGAAGUGUGAUCUAUGUCCCCAGAUUAACUACUUUCAUGAUACCUCUAGCAUAACAGGUGAUCCUGAACCAUUCACUGACAUUCUAACAUUCAUUCUGACAAGUAAAACUAACAAAAGUAUAGGUCAUUAUUCAAAUUUUAUGCGAAAAUAUACCCGGUAUGUCAAACAGCACAAGAUUUAAGUCUGAUGAAUCAUUCUGUUGAUUUUUUAAGUGGA